AUGGCCCCGAAUAAAGGAAAGGAGUCGCUCCUAGAGCUCUGCAAGAGUACGAUCGCCUUGGGAAAUAGCAUCGCUGUCCACACACUGGAAUACCUGAGCAUCUCCAAGCAUCCAAAGCAAGGCUUCAAGGAGCUGGCUAUCGAGUUCUUGGAAGCUAGUCGAGCCCUCUUUCCCGCACGAGCUGGUCUAUCUCGAUCAAACUCCAACUUUCCAGCCGACGUCACGCAAGAGCUCUAUGAGCGCUUCGACCAGACGAGAAAUGCUUUCACUGUCAUGGACCAGAUGGUUAACAAGCUGCUCAGCGGCGAAAAGAAAAACGGCUUCGGCAAGCUGGGCAAAAACUUCCGGAUGAUGUUCACGGAAAGUGAAAUCGACCGCCUGAGGAUAUCGCUGGCACAAUGCCGAGCGGCUUUGAGUAUCUCUGCGCUGAUGUUUUCCUCCACAAUGGGAUACCAAAAGAUUGAGCCAGCCGCUGGGAUAGGCUACACCGCAUUAGCUGCUAUCCUGGAAACUUCCGACCCUACACAACCUAAGACCUCCCCUCCACUCACUCCUACAGAGAAGGCCAUCGCCAAUCUUUCCCCCGACCGCAGGCCGUUGCCCCCAGCACCAUCCUCUCCAACUUCGCCAUCAGCUUUACAAGUCCCGGAUGCGUUCACUCCCCGGAUCUCUUCGCUACCUCUACGCGACAUGUACGCACCAAGCGUUACAGAGAGCACCAGCCUCCACCAUCGUCCCACUGGAAGCUCUGAUAGCAAGAUGACCCCAAUGACACACGUAUUCAGCGACCGGCAAUCCUUUGCUGAGACCGACGUCACCUCUAUCAUGUCGAAAGCGCAUACUAUGGACAACAUACAACUCCACCUUCCUGGUGACAAGGUCCCAAAAACUGCCAUCCGAGUCACAGAUGAUCCUACCAGAGCUCCGCGUCGCAAACCCAGAUACAACACUCAUGCGGGAUCAGAAGCUUCAAAGGGGGCACUUUCCAGUGCCAUCCAACAAAAAGAUCACAAGAUGGUGGAACAGCUCCUCGACUGCGGCGUCGUCCCGGAAUCAAACCUACUCGGGUCAGCUGUCAUCAACCAUGAUCUCGAGAGCGUCCGCAUGCUGCUCAUCUUUGGAGCGGAUGCCAACAUCGUCGACAAGGACGGUUCAACUCCGCUCUACACUGCCACCGGCUCGGCCUUUUACGAAGCCGCUCAGCUGCUCCUCGAGUAUGGUGGCGACUCAAACAUCUCCGCCGGCCCAUAUGGCGAAAGUCCAUUUGCGGUGUCUUUGACUCCGAGCAAGUCUCACUUGUCGCAACUAUACCUUCAGUACGGCGCUGAUCCCAACGCUAUCAUGGGCAAUAACGAGACGCCAUUUACGCAAGCUAUGAACAAGAGCACACCGGCCAGCUUGAUCGAGACUAUGCUUGUGUACGACGCGGAUGCCAAUUUCAAAAACGGCCGUGGAGAAACGCCCUUGUUCAAAGCCAUCGGUGCUGAACGCUUGGAUCUCGUCACCAUGCUGCUUGAUCAUGGCGCUGAUCCCAACCUGCCGGGCCCGAAGAUCAUGCUGUGGCCCGCUGUUCAUCAUUCGCGAAUCCUUGAGAUUCUCCUGGAGCGUGGUUCGGACCUCCGUCGCGCGCCCGGUGUGCUUGAGCUGGCUACGUCUAUCAACUCUCGCAAAGCCAUCGAUCUGCUGCUCAAGCACGGCGCGGACCCUAACGCCAAGAAGGAUGGAAUCUACACACCACUAUGUUCCGCAAUCCGGGACAACCACGAGGACCUUGUCGAGUUGUUGAUUGCAGCCGGAGCCGAUCCAAAUCUCACGGCCCUAGAGUUCCCGACAUACAAGUGCGUCACCUACCACCGGUCUCACAUCCUUCCUCGUCUUCUUGCGGCUGGCGCAGACUUGCACACUCCCAAGGGAAUCGUCGAGCACUGCGUGCUGCAAAAUGAAACGACCGCCAUGCUCUGGCUCCUGGAGCACAAGGUCGACCCGAACGUGCGCAACAAGAACGGCCAUACCGCUUUGACUACCGCCAUUCGCGAGCAUCGCAUGGAAAUGAUCGAUGUACUUCUGUCUCACGGCGCGGACCCUGGCAUUCGCGGUCAAGACUGGCCAAUCUCCAUGGCUGUCAAGACGGCUCCCAUUCUUGCCAAGCUGCUUCCUCACAUUCCUACCUCUCGCAUCAACAAAGGAGCAGUAGAAAUGGCCGUCGUCGCCAACCAACUCGAAAGCGUCAGAUUGCUCAUCCAGAAAGGCGUGGACGUGGAAGAGAAGAACGGCGGUGUCUUCAGUCCUCUGACGACUUCCAUUCGCGAGAACCGCAAGGAAAUCUUCCGGUACCUCAUCGAUGAAGCCGGCGCGGAUCCCAAUGCCCCCGGCGAGCACCUGCCCAUCAUCAAGGCGAUCCGUCGUCAUCGAGAAGACGACAUGUCAUACAUUGAGCAUCUCCUAGCCAAGGGUGCGGACCUCAACCUGAUGUACAGAGGCUGGAAUGCAGUCCUCCAAGCCGUCGACAACGGUGACGUGAAAAUUCUGAGAUUGUUGGCAUCCAAGGGGAAUCCAGAUCUCUCCGCACGGGACGAGAAUGGACGGAGUGUGCACGACGUUAUGGAAGAGAGGGGCCUCCAAGAGGAGGAGAUGAUCUUGACCGGCGGUAGGAGUCCGAGUCCGAAGGUGCAAGUUGCCCUGGGACAAUUGAGGGAGUUGGUCUUGUGA